GCGAGAGUGAAAUCCUGCGCUGGUAUCACUAAAUUCCGAGUUUGACAGAUAGCGGUGAAGUGGUGAAGUGAGUGAACGUGUGUGUUUGUGUUUCUCGAAAUAAACUUUUUAUGUUGUGAUUACAAGGAAAGCUGACACCCGCAAUGGCGACGGCGACCGCGACCAUGGAGUCCUCCCAGAGCCUGAUCUCGAGCGAGUCGCGAGUGACUCACUCGUACACGGAGAGCCACUCGGAACACCGCUCGACCGAGUCCCACUCGGAGCAUAGAGCCCUGAAGAAGAAGAAGAGUACAAGACGGCACAAGGAUGAAGGGGCUAUUUCUGUGUCGAAAAGCUCAUCCAAGCUGCACAAGAAGAUGAAGGCGUCAUCGGAGCCGGAAGCCAACCCUCAGUGCGAGAAGUGCUCCCGGCCGGUCUACGCCAUGGAGAGGAUCAAGGCGGAGAAGAGGAUCUGGCACAAGGAGUGCUUCCGAUGUGUACAGUGCAACAAGCAACUCACCGUGGAGACGUACCAGAGCGAGCACACGACGCUGUACUGCAAGCUCCACUUCAAGCAGCUGUUCGAGCCCAAGCCCGUCGGCGAGGAGGACACUACUGACGCGGCCCCGCCCAAGAAGCACCAGAUGAUCAUCUGCGAGAGCAAGCCCGUGGAGCUGCCGCCAGAUGUCGUGAGAGCAUCAGACAAGCCGGACCUGGGGCUGGAGGAGCUGGCGCAGCUCGACGUCAAGUCCAGGUUCCAGGUCUUCGAGAAGAAACAGGAGCGCAGCGAGGAGCCGUCGCUGGUGCAGCACAAGCCGCGCGAGCGCAGCACGGCGCUGCUCGCCAAGCUCGCCAAGUUCAAAGCCAAGGGUAUGGACGUGGGCGUGUCGGACGAGUACCUGAACGGAGUCGCCGUGGAGCCCAGCUCCAGCGAGCCCGAGGAUGAGGACGGUGACGAAGACUCAGUGCUCAGGAAGUCCUACGCCCACACGGCUGCCCGAGAACAGGCAGUUUCCUUCUGCAACAUGAGCGAGAUAGUGGGCAAGUUCGAGGCGGGACAGAACGAGAUAGCGGAGCGACACCGCUCCCGGAAGCAGGAGAUACAGAACAUCAGGAGCCGCCUGUUUAUGGGCAAACAAGCCAAGAUCAAGGAGAUGUACGAACAGUCCGUCAUGCAGAGCGAACAGGGCAUAACGUCAGCGGACAAGAUCUCGGCGGAGCUGCCGCUGGACUGCGAGAAGGCGCGCGCCAUCAAGGCUCGCUUCGAGGGCGGCUUCAACGACGAGAACCAGCCGCCCAGGAACAGGGAUAUUGAGGAUAAGGAUCUGUUCAAUGACGGUAUCGGCAAGAAGUCCCGCUCCAUAUUCCUGGAGCUGGACGCGAACGCCAAGUCCGCGCCCCCCGCCGCCCCCGCGCCCCCCGCCGAGCCGCCGCGACGGAAGGAGAUUCCAUUCAUCCCCAAAGACGUGGUCCGCGCGGGCGACCGUCCCGAGGAGGUGCCGGUGCAGACCGCGGCCAUCAGCGACCGCUUCCAGUUCUUCGAGACCUACCGCCCGCCCACCAGCAGGAAGCAGUUCCGCAUGACGCCGCCGCCGCAGGGGAAGCGCGACAAGUCCCCAUCCCCCGAGAUCUACCACUCGCCAGACGUGACGCAGGGCGGGGCCGCCCACGACACGGGGCUGGCGGCGGAGCGGCACACGGCGUCCCGCAUGAUCGGCGUGUGGAGACAGAUGGAGGAGCACAGGGAUGAGGAGCCGCAGGGUCCGAAGCCUCUCAAGCGCUUCACCCCCCCGCCCCCCGGCGCCUACACCCGGGACUCCAGUGAGUACUCGAGCGAGUGCUCCGGCGAGGACGACAGUGAGGACGACGAGGACAGUGAGGACGAGCGGCGCCGACACUACGAGCAGGCGCGGGAGAGGGACGAGGCGUUGAAGCAGGCACAACAGCUAGCUCGUACCAAGUCGUUCCGCGAUCGCUUCGAAAACUGGUCGGAGUCGGAGCCGCCGCGCUCCCCGUCUCAAAUCAUGAUCGAGAGGGAUGAAGAGGAGGGGGAGUCACAACUAGACACCGCUAAGAGUCUCCGCGCCAAGUUCGAGAACAUGAACGUGCAGCAGUCCUCUGUCACCAAGGUCGCGCCCAAGGUCAACAGAUUUGUGUAACUGCACAAAGGUGGAACUGCCCAAACAACCAAAGCAUAUUAAUAUUUACAUACAUUUAAAAUUAAUACGUUAUUAUUUAUGUUUUAACCUUUUUCUAAACGUAUAGAUAUAGCCGUUACUUGCCAUCUUCUAUUUAACUCCCUGAAGGUUGUAACCAGUUUUUGAUCUUUUUUUUGACAAAUAUUUGUAGGGCUAUGUAUUUAUAUUUAUUACUUUUUUAAUGUGUUAUUGGUACAUAUAGGACUGAUCUUACGUCGUUUUCUAUGUAAAUGCCUGGUAAAUGCAUUUCCUACAACGAAUGUGCCUUAUAAAAAGUGCAAUUAAUGUAUUUUUAAUUAGAAAAAUACUAUUGAAAAUUGUCUUCCAGUAUUUUCUAGUAUUAUAAUGACUAUAAACGAAUCUCUUUUUCAAUUAAUUCAUGUGCCAUUAUUGACGUAACAGUAUUGGAAGUUUAUCCCUUAUACAAAAAUACGUACUAAUAAGAUUCGUAAAUAUUUGCAUAUCACAGCUAUACAGUUGCGCGAACCACGAGUCUAUCUCGUUGUAUUAGAGGUGGUAAUGGUACAGCAUUCUCUCCAUGUAAUGUCGGAGUGAGCCUCAGAUUAUUUCGUUAAUUAUGACUAUUUACGAAUCAUUUGUUUCUGCUCAAAUUGUUUUUAUUUUAGUCUUCAUUGUCAUCGUUUUCAUAUUAUCAAUCGUUUCGAUGUAUGACUGAAUGAGAUUCUCAAUAUUUAUUGUUUGUUUGUUUGUACUUAAGUCAAUGUAAUUUUUCAGCAAUGUUUUUAUCGUAUCUUUAUUUAUGACGAUUAUCUAGAUGUAAUAUGAAUAAAUGGUAAAAUAAUA